GAAACUACAAACAUCCAAAAGAAUGGACGAUUGACACGCGAUCAAAGUCACCAAAGCCAACCACAAUUAUUCCGUUUGGAGAUUUUUGUAAUUAAUCUCGUCGAUCUUGCCAAGCCGCCUGCUCCUUCUACAUAUCGAAUAAGAAACAAUGGUACAACCCCGCUUUUUGUCAAAAUCAAGAUAUGUCGCACAAGCUGCCAUUCAAUCAAGGAGUUUCAGUAUUUCUUAUCCCACCAGAGCUUCCCAAUUAUCCGUCGCGAAAUUACUUGGAACAUCUCCUGAGAAUGUAGAUGAGGUUAAAGUCAAUGUCAAUGGUUUCAUUCGUUCAAUUAGGAACCAAAAAAAGAUAUCGUUUGCUUCAAUUGGCGACGGCUCAAGUGUGCAACCGUUACAAGCUCUUCUUACUCCACAACAAGCUGAAAGACUUUCGACGGGUACAGCUGUCCGCCUGACUGGAUAUUGGAAACCUUCCCCCAAUCAGAAGGCACAAAGCAAUGAAUUGCAUGUGCUUGAAGUAAAUGUUUUAGGUGCCGCGGAUCCCGCCACAUUUCCGCUACAGAACAAAUACCAUACGCCUGAAUACCUCCGCACCAUUCCUCAUUUGCGGACCCGAACGCCCUUCAAUUCAGCAUUACUUCGAUUCCGAUCGCAAAGCAUAGCUUCUCUGACACAAUUCUUUACCGAACAGGAUUAUGUCCAAACACAUCCUCCUAUAAUUACAUCUUCGGAUUGUGAAGGCGCGGGGGAAGUCUUCGAAGUGGGCAGCGCGCACAAAGGACCAGUCGGGAAAGCUGAUGAUGGAACAUUCUUCAGAUCGCCAAAAUACUUGACUGUUUCGAGUCAACUACACUUGGAGGCGUUGGCCCAAUCAGUAGGAAGGGUAUGGGCAUUAUCUCCUACAUUUCGAGCCGAGAAAAGUGAUACGCCAAGGCAUUUGAGCGAGUUCUACAUGUUAGAAGCAGAGUGCAGUUUCGUGGAAAAAAUGGAUGAAGUUAUGGAUCUUGUGGAAAACAUGCUCAGACAUUUGACAACGAACCUAUAUUCUACUCAAGUAGGAAGAGAAAUACUAGAAUCAAAGCGAAGCGGAGAUGAGGAGAAAGAUACAAUAAACAGAAGACAUGAAUUGACACGAAGAUGGGAAGGUAUGAUAAGGGGGCCUUGGCCGCGGAUCACUUAUGCGCAAGCAAUCGAAGAACUUGAAAAUAGUGGCCAAACGUUCGAAUAUCCUCCUGUCUGGGGUUCAGGUCUUCAAGCUGAACACGAGCGAUAUAUCGCCAAUAAGGUCGGACUAGGAUCGCCUGUUUUCGUAACAGACUAUCCAAAAAGUAUCAAACCAUUUUAUAUGCUACCUUCAGAAAGCUCGCGUGUAGGGGGGACUCUGGAGACUGUCCAGUGCUUUGAUCUUCUAGUUCCGGAGGCAUGUGAGAUUGUAGGUGGAUCUAUGCGUGAGUAUAGAUUGCCAGAGCUCAUCUCUGCAAUGCGAGCGAAUGGGAUGGUACGAGGUGAUGCAGGGGAAGAAGAACUUGGUUCCUUGAAAUGGUACACAGAACUGAGGCGCUGGGGAAGCGUACCUCAUGGAGGAUUUGGCUUGGGAUUCGAUAGGUUGCUGGGGUAUCUUUCUGGUGUACAAAAUAUCAGAGAGAUAGUUGCAUUUCCAAGGUGGGUCGGGAGAUGCGAUUGCUGAAAUGAACACACAUGGCGCCUAGUGGUUUCGAGGCGAGAGACAGCAAACCUAAGAUCCCUUUGCCAUGAGGCUCUCUUAGGGAAGUCCGAUUGCCCCGAUCAUAGUGGGUAUUAUGAGAAUAGAAGGGGUUAUGACAUGGAAUCACUAAUUCAUGCAGCGACACUCUCUUGACAAUAGGAAAAUGCCUCGCUGUAGGCAAUCCGAGACGCAAGAACCAUCACAAUUCAAUGCAUCUUUUCACUUAAUCCAAUACACUAUAGUGACGGUGCCAUUCCCGGAUGAUACUUGCCUGCAUCAAUCUCAGCAUGAUCGUUACAAGUUGACUUCGCCUUCUUACGAAAUUUUACAUGACGUUGUUUGCUCACCGCCAUCCUAUCCACUGCCUAGCCUUCAACCAACCAUCAACCGCUCUUUUUAAUUCUCGAAUUAAAACCAUUGGAAGCGCAUGAGUAAGAUUUCAAAUUAGAGUCCUCCCCACAUAAUUGGAAAUUCACCGCAAAUCUUCACCAAAACCAUGAUGGCGAACUUGUGCCCCCAAAAUGCAACAGCUUAAUUCCUGGUGGUCAUAUACGAAUCUUCAACAGCUUUCAUUCUGAUUUUAGCCCCAUUCGCGUGUGCAUGCCCCUGGCCCCCAGCUUGAGCUUUCGGCGGGCAACGAAAUUGAUGUUUGAUUAUAUAUUCACAGGUCAUUGAAAUUUGAGAAAUCGGUUGCAAAAGUAAGGUGGCGCUCUCAUUUCAAAGUAUAGUAGGUGUCCGCAUAAAGUUUUUGAGCUGAGUAUAGAAGACGUUUCAAGUUUAAAUUUAUACUUAACCGGGCGGGACGGGUGGAUCAAUCUGGCCGGGUUCUCUGUACCCGGUAGUUUACAGCGGAAGGCCCCCAGAAGUAAAGAUUCGUUUUGAUAUUUAGGGUUUAUUCACUGAAUAUUAAUAUUUCUGUUGUUUUAUUAUUAUCUUCGCAUUCAGCACACUUCGUUAUCCUUAUGCCAGCAAUGGAAGCAAUAAAUAAUCCGAGAGUUGAGAAGGGCGUGGCUGUUUUGUUUGAAGUAUGUAGCACUGCAUUCACAACUGUUGGUGACUGUGUACUGCAAGAGUACCAUCUAACAUAUCGUCACAUCGAGGGAAAAACUCUGCCUCAAUUUAUGAUCACCGAUACCUCGAAUUUAAGAUACAGAUUCGCCAAACAACAAAUAUCACGCCGGUAAAUGCGAUGAAGCUUACUGUCCAAUCACCAAGACUAUCUAGGUAGAUGUUGAGAUAAUGGAAUCUCGGAAAUCCAAACAAAUGCCAACAACACGAGGAAUAGGGUAACCUCCUAUAGGCGCCAAGAUUUGAGAUAUAAAAAGAUCAUCGAUAGAUAUAUCAAAUGCGAUGAAGAUAUGGAAGGACGGGAAACUCUACCCGUUUUUAGUUACUAGAAUAUGUGAUUGAUAACAUCUGAUACGUCGUUGAAGCAUAGCCUCGAUAGUUCCUAAAAUAUGAAAGUCAAAAGAGAGUAUUGUUUUAAUUUAUCCGCCAACCUUAGACA